GGCGCAGAUUAGCGCUCGGUGUCACGUGACUCCGACGCCUCGGUGGACUUGCCGGUGUCACCUUCCUCUCAUAACGCCUCCUCAGAGGGCUUGAAGAGGAGGACUCCGCGGGACGCCUGGAGGAACUCAGAGCGCGAGCCGGUUCCAGGGGUCAGAGGUCAUGAUCAACGUCUGGAUUAUUCUCGAUUAACGGAGAAUUGAGGCCUCGCGCUCCUAUAAUCUCUCCGGGAUCCGCGCCCCAGGGCCGGUGAUGAGCGCGAGUUUCCCCGGGUGGUUUCUGUGACGUCAUGCCGAGGUGUUGAUCAAGGUCACUACCGAGAGUCCUCAAGCGGAAGGAGAGGAGAGGAGAGGAGAGGUGAGCCGGUUACCAUGAGGCGCGCGCUGCUGAAGGAGGCGGCCAAGCGGUUCCCUUGGCUGGCCAACGUCACUCUCUACGGAGCGCUGUUCGCGGGCGGGGACCUCGCGCACCAGUUCAUCGCGCAGAAGGAGCAUAUGGACUGGAAGCACACGCGCAACGUGGCAAUCGUCGCGCUCACUUUCCACGGGAACUUUAACUACUGCUGGCUGCGCGCGCUGGAGCGACGCUUCCCCGGGAGGUCCACCGGUAUGCUCGUGCGCAAACUGCUGCUGGACCAGAGCUUCGCGUCGCCGUUGGCAACCAGUGUCUUCUACACCGGGGUGAGCUUUCUGGAGGGCAAAGAGGACGUGUUUGAGGACUGGAGGGAUAAGUUCUUCAACACGUGGAAGACAGGACUCCUGUACUGGCCCUUCAUGCAGUUCCUGAACUUCCUGCUGGUGCCGCUCCACCUGCGGACCGUCUUCAUGGGUGGAUGUGCCUUCCUGUGGGCCUGCUUCCUCUGCUUCUCCCGCCAGGACGGAGACGGCACCGCCGGGCUGGCCCUCGCCUUCCUGCUGCACCCGCGCCUCACCACCGCCACACCCCCACCCACACCCGAAACACCAGCCACAACACCACCAGCCAUACAGCCGCACCAACCUACAACCCCACCAGCAGACACGCAACACACCGACCGAGAGGAGGAGUGAAGAGGAGGGGAGAGGAUAGGAGAGAGGAGAGGAGAG